AUGUCAUCCUCAGAUAUCUUUGAUGUGCUAAAUAUACAGCCGAAAUCGUCCUCUCCUCAUCCACAGACCAGCCAAUCUAAUGCAGGUGCAUCGAAAACCCCGAAGCCACAAGUGACGGGUAUGCAAAGGGAACUGUACAACCUGCUCGGGGAUAAUACGCCUCCAAUUGUGAUACAGCCCACAAGCAAGUUCAAAGAUAGGCUGGCUUCGCUCACGAAGCCCUCUCCUUGGACCCAUACUGAGUUUGAGGCUACUCCGUACGUGAAGCUGAGCCAUUGGGUGAAGGGCUCGAAAGAACUGCUUGAGGGACAAAGCCCGAAGAGCUCAUUUGCCAAAUAUGACCAGAAACUGACGCUGCCUGAAUUCACGGAGGGGGAGUACCAGGAAUUUAUGGCGCAAGCGGCAAAGGGAGCCAAUUCUGACGCGCCAACAUGGAGCUACGAAGAAGUGCAAUACCUGUUUGACCUGUGUCGCCGAUACGACCUGCGGUGGCAUAUAGUAUACGACCGGUAUAUGUACGACGAGUCAAGAACGAUGGAGGACAUACGGGAGAUGUUUUACACCGUAUGCCAAAAGUACUUUCAGGCGAAAGACCCGGGAAACCCGCUACUACCAUCCCUAGCGUAUUCCAAAGACCAGGAAAUACAGCGGAAGAAGUAUUUGACGAGGCUGCUUUCGAGGUCGGCGGCUGAGAUUGCUGAGGAAGAAGCGCUGAUAAUGGAAUCUAGGAAGUUUGAGAUGGCGGCAAAGAAAACUCUACAGGAGAGAGAGGCCAUGCUCCGUUUGCUAGACCACCCGCAGGGCGACGCGAAUGUCAGUCAGUUCCUGACCUCCCAAGGUAUGAACCAGCUAUAUAACAACUUGUUGAACGACAAGCAGAGACGGCGCAAACCGGACUCAGCUCCUCCGGAGAAUCCCUGGAUGAAACAGCAGCAGCAGUUUGCUCAGCAGAAACAGCAAUUACAGCUUCAGCAUCAGCAGCAUCACCAACUGCGCGACCAGAAACGAAUUGAGGUGAAAACCGAUCCUGUGACCCCCGGGUCGCCAAAACAGGAUUCUCCUUCGCCUGGUAGAAAAGCUUCGGAUCAGUCCGCUGCUCCUAGAAUGAACAAGAAACAGAAACUAGAAAUGCAAACCGCCAUGAGGCGGAAACAGGAUAGCGAGUAUGCCCAGCAUCUGCUGAAAAAUUUCAGCUCUGAAGAACGGAAGAGUCUGGGCGUCACUUUGCAUGGGGAGAAGCUAGCGCCAGGUGUUUUUCUUCGCUCCUCCAAGAUAUCUACAUUUAAACCGUCAAUCCAGAACAAAGUUGUUUCUGUAUUGCAAGAACUGGGGCUUCCAGUUCGCCCGGCUAUGCCGUCUGCAGCGGUAGUUCAGCAUCAUGACGAACUCCUACGGCGCAUUGUAACUUUAUUGGAUCUGAAGAGACAGCAGGACAAAUUGGAAGCCGAAAAGGCUAUAGUGAAAUGA